GUUCUGACAUGUGUGCCGGCUGCCUGCUGAGUCUGCCUGCUGGCUGCCGGGAGCCGACACCCAGAGAGCCCUGAAGAGUCUCCACUCAGCAGCAGACCACACCCAGCUCCACCAUGAACUGGGGGGUCUUCGAGGGUCUCCUGAGCGGGGUCAACAAGUACUCCACGGCUUUCGGGCGCAUCUGGCUGUCCCUGGUGUUCAUCUUCCGCGUGCUGGUGUUCCUGGUGACGGCCGAGCGCGUGUGGAGUGACGACCACAAGGACUUCGACUGCGACACCCGCCAGCCGGGCUGCCACAACGCCUGCUUCGACGAGUUCUUCCCCAUCUCCCACGUGCGCCUCUGGGCGCUGCAGCUCAUCCUGGUCACCUGCCCCUCGCUGCUGGUGGUCAUGCACGUGGCCUACCGGGAGGCAAGGGAGAAGAAGCACCGAGAGGUGGCGGGGGAUGGGGGUGGGCGCCUGUACGUGAACCCGGGCAAGAAGCGGGGUGGGCUCUGGUGGACGUACGUCUUCAGCCUAGUGUUCAAGGCCAGCGUGGACGCUGGCUUCCUGUACGUGUUCCACUCGUUGUACCCCAAAUAUACCCUCCCUCACCUGGUCAAGUGUCACGCGGCCCCGUGCACCAAUCAGGUGAACUGCUUCAUCUCCAAGCCCUCAGAGAAAAACAUCUUCACCCUCUUCAUGGUGGUCACAGCCGCCAUCUGCAUCCUGCUCAACCUGGUGGAGCUGGCUUACCUGGUGAGCAAGAGGUGCCGGGAGUGCCUGGCUGCGAGAAAGGCCCGGGCCCCAGGUCUGGGCCAUGGCCCGGCCUUCGCCCUCUCUCCCCACCAACAGGUUGACCUCCUCUCGGGUGACCUCAUCUUUCUGGGCUCAGACACCCACCCCCCCCUCAUACCAGACCACCCUCAAGACUACAUGAAGAAGACCCUCCUGUGAGGGGGGCUGGCUGCCGGGGUGAUGGGCCAGGCCUGGCUCAGAAGGGUCCAGUGACUGACGGGUGCAGCCUUGGGUUGGAGAUGUUAAUGUGGACGGGCAUGAGGGUCAGACAACCUGAGGGGAAAGCCCUAUUCCUCAGCUGCUGCCCCCACGGCUGGCCUUGGACCAGUUAUCCUUUCUCUGCACCCCAGUUUCCUUUUGUGUAAAUGGAGAUGCUGAAGCCCACGGCACAGGGAUGCUGUUGUGAGGACAGGCGUGCCCCUUCAGUGUGGGGUCUGUAGUCAGAGCUUAAUAAAUUGAAAUUAAU